AACACUUGUUCUGUUGGGCUGUAAAGUAAGAGUGAAGGUUGUUCUUCUUCCACACCACCUUUUUUUUAAACAGCCAACCAACUACAACAGGAUAAAGAGGAUCAUCAUAGCCAAGAGAAGGUGGGUGGGGGAGAAGAAAAAAAGGGCAGCUAGCUAGCUAGCAUAAGAGAACUCAGAAAACCAUUGUAGGGUUAUUCAGGAAAUCAUGACAACUCAGAAACAGAUGGUGGUGGUGAAGAACCCAGGGCAGCAGCUGGUUGCCUACAACGAGAGCCCAUUGCUGCUGGAUGACAAGGAGGACGAGAUGUCGAGGUCUGCAUUGGCGAUGUUUCGCGCGAAAGAGGAGGAGAUCGAGAGGAAGAAGAUGGAGGUUCGAGGCAGAGUUCAGGCUCAGCUGGGCCGUGCUGAAGUGGCUACCAAGCGCUUGGCUGAGAUUCGAGAAGAAAGGGAAUACAGAGAAGUACUAGAAGCAUUCAAUGAGAAGAACAAGGAAAAGACACAACUACUCUCCAAGCUGAUGGAGAUGGUGGGUGAAAGUGAGAGGAUGAGGAUGAAGAAGCUGGAAGAGCUGAGCAAACACAUCGACACUCUCCGCUGAAUGACACCAUUGCUGACCACUAUAUAACAAUUUCCCUCUUAUAUAUAUAUGUCAAGUGUUCUUUGUUUUGGAUUAACAUUUGUGGUUUCUGUCAUCUGCAUCAAUCACCUCCUUCUGGUUUUUUUUUGUUUCCAAUUUUUCAUGAUGAGCAUGUUGUUGACACAGAAGCAUACUCAUGAAACCAACCAGGUUUUGGUACCAAAUGACUAAUUAGGUCAUAUAUGUAUUUGGUUUGGAAGUCCUUUUUUGUUAUCUGUUCUUGUAUUCAAAUGUAAGAUACCCAUGCUUUGUUCAUCCAACCACCUAUACAUAGCAACAUUUUGAGAUCAUCAACCAUAUUUCUUCUUAUUCUUGUCUGAAAUGUUUUAGUGUUCUGCCAUUUAUUAGCUCAAUAUGGAAACAUGUCCAAAUCAAAGUUCGAACUUG